UGGUGACCCACUAAACAGAGCAAUCAUUAGAUUUUAUUAAGAAUGGUGUUAAUUUUUAUGGCUCCCAUUUCUUAUAUGCUCCAAAAAGAAGGGUUGAAAUUUGAAUAAACCCUUCAAAUUCUCUAAAGUACAAUAGAAACAAACUUGCUUUCCUUAAUGCUUGUCCUCUUCAAAUCCUUCUUCCACUUGCUCACAAGUCACAAUAUCACACACCAACGCAAAAUAAGGGAAAAAAAGAUUGCCCAUUUGAAUUAUGCCAUUUUCUUUUUUCAUUUGGUUUUUUAGUCAAGAUUUUUGUUUUGCCUUUCUUCAAAGCCACACUCUGAUCAAUUUUGUUCGAUAGCUUGGAGGACUCAAAGCUAGUUUAUAGCUCCCGAAGGGUAAGGCUCGAUGCAGUUUCCUCGUGAGCCAGCCAAUUAUGACGAGGUUUCUAUGCAGCAAAGUAUGCUAUUCUCUGAUAGUUUGAAGGACUUGAAAAAUCUUCGGAAACAGCUCUACUCAGCUGCCGAGUACUUUGAGUUGUCUUACAGUAAUGACGACCAAAAGGACACAGUGGUGGAUACAUUGAAAGAAUAUGCUAUUAAAGCUCUUAUUAAUACAGUGGACCAUUUGGGCUCUGUCACGUAUAAGGUCAGUGACAUGUUAGAUGAGAAGGUUGAUGAAGUUUCUGGAACCGAGCUUCGUUUGUCUUGCAUUCAGCAGAGACUGCGGACUUGCCAGGAGUAUGUCGAUCGUGAAGGUCUCUCUCAGCAGUCAUUGGUGAUAAACACUCCCCAUUACCAUAAACGAUACAUCUUGCCAACCAUUCGAGCCACAAUCCGUGAAACUCCACCACCAUCUAUAGUCGGAAAAAAGAGCAACUUCGCCACAUCGGUUCCCACUUAUGCGUUCAGGUUCGCUUUCGAUGAAGCCCUCAACUCCGAAAGGCUCGAAUUCGAGCACACCAAAUCGAAGCAGGCCAACUACUCCAAACCCUUCACUUGGAAGACAAGCGCUCGAAAAUCAGCUUCCAUGCGGGUCCGUGUUGGGAAGGAAGGUCCUAUAGAAAACGAGCAAUACCCGAGCAAAAGCAAACGUCUACUCAAAUCUCUACUCAGUCGACGCAAGUCCAAGAAAGAUGAAACUUUGUACACUUAUUUGGAUGAAUAU